GGUUAGAGAUCAGCGAAAGUUGGGUUAUGUUUGAUUUCAAACCAAUCGCGUUUUGUUUUCUUUUAAACAUUUUAAAAAAUUGCAAAAUCAUAAUAAAAUUAAGGAAAAUAUAACCAGGAAGUGACUCUGGAAUCCCCAUAACCUCCAGGAAGGCAAAUUAUGUCACCCAAUAGGAGAAAUUACUACGAAAUCCUCGGAUGUUCUGCAGAAGCAACAUUGGAGGAACUUAAAAAAUCCUACCAAACUCUUAUCCUCAAGCACCAUCCGGAUAAAAUGCCCCAAAUAACCGAGGAUGAAGUGGAGAAGCAAAGUGAAUCUUUCCACAUGAUUGACACAGCCUACAAAGUCCUGAGAGAUCCAGAAUCUCGCAAAAUCUACGAUGCUGAACUCCUUCAGGAGGAAUUCUGCAUGCAACCCCUUGUCUUUGCCACUGUUGACCGGAAAGAGUUCAUUUGGGACACAGAGAGUGAACUUAUGUGCAAAACCUGCCGCUGUGGGGGUACCUAUAUCCUUCCGGAAGAUGAAGAAAUGCCGGAGAAUGAGAAUAUUUUUGUUGCAUGUGAUGAAUGUUCUCUUGUUAUUGAAGUUUUGAUGAAGAAAUAAUAUUUAUUUAUUGCUAGAAAA